ACAAAGAUCCCCCCUCUCUCUCUCUCUUCUGCUCUUAUUCCCACCUCCGGUGACCGCACACCUCAUCUCCUCCACAAAAUCCCAGUCCCCUCGAGUGCGGUCACCGCCCAACUCCACCAUUAAAAAAAAAUGGCCGCGGUUUCUUCACCCUCGUCGGUCGCUAAAGACUCGACCGUCGCUCUCAACUCAUCCAUUUUCGGCCGCCGAUUGCCCUUACGUUUUGAGAAAUUACGGGUGAGUCCCUCGGAAUCGCCUUCGUCUUCGAUCUCCUGCUCCAGGACGAAGCAGGCGGCGGCGGCGUCGCCGGCGACCGUCGCAGGGGUUUGGCUGCGGCCGGACUCUUUCGGGAGGUACGGUAAAUUUGGCGGGAAGUAUGUACCCGAAACCCUAAUGCACGCCCUUACUGAGCUUGAGGAGGCGUUUCGUUCGCUCGCUAAAGAUGAGGACUUUCAGAGAGAACUGGAUGGUAUUCUCAAGGACUACGUUGGACGCGAAAGUCCUCUUUACUUUGCGGAAAGGCUCACCGACCGUUACAAACAAUCUAAUGGCGAGGGACCUCUCAUAUACCUUAAAAGGGAAGAUCUAAACCACACUGGAGCGCAUAAGAUAAACAAUGCAGUAGCACAAGCUUUGUUGGCGAAGCGACUUGGAAAGAAGCGGAUAAUAGCUGAAACCGGAGCUGGUCAGCACGGAGUUGCAACCGCUACUGUUUGUGCAAGGUUUGGCUUACAAUGUGUUAUUUAUAUGGGUGCUCAAGAUAUGGAGAGACAGGCUCUUAAUGUUUUCAGAAUGCGGCUUCUUGGGGCAGAGGUGAGAGGAGUUCACUCUGGAACUGCAACCCUGAAGGAUGCAACAUCAGAAGCCAUAAGAGACUGGGUGACCAAUGUAGAAACAACCCAUUACAUUUUGGGUUCAGUUGCAGGUCCCCAUCCUUAUCCAAUGAUGGUAAGAGAAUUCCACGCGGUGAUCGGCAAAGAAACAAGAAAGCAAGCAAUGGAAAAAUGGGGAGGAAAGCCAGACAUUUUAGUUGCUUGUGUUGGUGGAGGCUCAAAUGCAAUGGGGCUCUUCCAUGAGUUUGUUGAUGAUAAUGAUGUGAGAUUAAUUGGAGUUGAAGCAGCAGGGCAUGGUUUAGAUAGCGGUAAACAUGCUGCAACUUUGACUAAAGGAGAGGUUGGGGUUCUUCACGGAGCUAUGAGUUAUUUGUUGCAGGAUGAUGAUGGGCAGAUUAUUGAACCUCAUUCUAUAAGUGCUGGUUUGGAUUACCCUGGUGUGGGACCGGAGCAUAGCUUUUUGAAGGAUAUUGGACGUGCUGAAUAUUAUAGCGUCACUGAUGAAGAAGCUUUGGAAGCGUUCAAGUUGCUGUCAAGAUUGGAGGGCAUCAUUCCUGCGCUGGAAACUUCGCAUGCGAUAGCCUACUUGGAAAAGCUCUGCCCGACUCUUGCCAAUGGGCUUAUGUACCCGAAACCCUAA